GGAAGGGGAACCAGACGGAGACGUUCAUUAUCUGGACUUGGCGGAAGCGUAUGGGUUCUGCAGAACGACUGCAAUUACUGGCGCUGAUGCUAACACUGCCGACCUCAACCCACCUGACGGCGUGACGCUGCUGGAUGUUUUGCGAUUCUUUAGCGUUGGUGGACCUGCUGAACAGCAACAAGGUGAAAAAUAUUAUGCGUUUUCCAGUGUGCAUCGGAGACUUCUCCAUGAACUGUGGAACGCGGGAUACAGGCUUACAGACAUGAGCUUGCGCUCGCAAGAUGUAGAUGAAGAAGGUCCGUGGAUGGUGCCCGUUUCCGG